AAGGUGGUGGGAGCUGUGGUUCCACCGGGGCUGUGAGGGGAGGAGGAACGUCCCGCUCGGGCAGGAGCUCGGCGGGCUGAGGUAGCGUGUUCGCGCCGCGGCCGGGGGCUGCCAAGCCGCGUCCCUCCCGCCGUGCUUGCGGGGGUCUCGCAUCGCCCCCGCGGCCGCAGAGCGGAGCCCGGGCUGAAGAUCUGGCGGGGCCGGUGUGUGAGUAGAAAUGACUACCCCAAACAAGACCCCACCUGGUGCUGAUCCAAAGCAGUUAGAGAGGACUGGUACUGUUAGAGAAAUAGGCUCACAAGCAGUUUGGUCUCUUUCAUCCUGUAAGCCAGGGUUUGGAGUGGAUCAGUUACGAGAUGAUAAUCUAGAAACUUACUGGCAGUCAGAUGGAUCACAGCCUCAUUUGGUGAACAUCCAAUUUAGAAGAAAAACAACMGUGAAGACGUUAUGUAUUUAUGCAGACUACAAAUCUGAUGAAAGUUAUACUCCAAGCAAAAUCUCUGUCAGAGUAGGAAAUAAUUUUCAUAAUCUCCAGGAAAUCCGGCAACUGGAAUUAGUGGAACCCAGUGGCUGGAUCCAUGUUCCUCUAACAGAUACUCAUAAGAAGCCCAUCCGCACCUUUAUGAUCCAGAUUGCUGUUCUAGCUAAUCACCAAAAUGGAAGAGACACUCACAUGAGGCAAAUCAAAGUGUACACCCCUGUGGAAGAGAGCUCCAUUGGUAAAUUUCGCAGAUGUACAACAAUAGAUUUCAUGAUGUAUCGCUCCAUCAGAUAAAGUUUUCUCAUAAGGGAUAAUAAAGGCAUUUUUUCAUUGYAGUAUCAUUGCUAAAGUAUUCAGAUACUUACAGAGCAGGGUUUACUUCAGUGUAAUUACCUCUUUAUGUUUAUACUUUGUACACUUUUUUUGAAAUAAAGAUAAUCUUGUGUUACAGUA